AGGCCUCCCCGGACCCCCGGGAGAGGCAGGAGUGAGCGGCAUCCCUGGUGGAGCUGGCCUCCGGGGCCCCCCGGGACCCUCUGGACUACCGGGCCUCCCUGGCCCCCCGGGACCUCCUGGACCCCCUGGUCACCCAGGGGUCCUCCCUGAAGGCGCCACUGACCUGCAGUGCCCGGCCAUCUGCCCCCCAGGCCCUCCCGGGCCCCCAGGAAUGCCAGGGUUCAAGGGGCCCACCGGCUACAAAGGGGAGCAAGGAGAGGUCGGCAAGGAUGGCGAGAAGGGUGAUCCUGGCCCCCCCGGGCCCGCUGGCAUCCCGGGCACCGUAGGGCUGCAGGGGCCUCGAGGACUUCGAGGUCUGCCGGGGCCGGCCGGGCCCCCCGGGGAUCGGGGUCCCAUCGGAUUCCGAGGGCCGCUGGGGAUCCCAGGCGCCCCUGGGAAAGUGGGUGACAGAGGCGAGAGGGGCCCAGACGGAUUCCGUGGCCCCAAGGGCGACCUUGGCAGACCUGGUCCCAAAGGAGCCCCUGGAGUGGCCGGGCCGGGCGGAGAGCCGGGUAUGCCGGGCAAGGACGGGCGGGACGGCGUGCCCGGACUCGAUGGCGAGAAGGGAGAGGCCGGUCGCAACGGUGCCCCAGGAGAGAAGGGUCCCAAUGGGCUGCCGGGCCUCCCCGGACGAGCAGGGUCCAAGGGUGAGAAGGGAGAACUGGGCCGAGCCGGGGAGCUGGGUGAGGCCGGACCCUCGGGAGAGCCUGGCAUCCCGGGAGACGUUGGCGUGCCUGGGGAGCGCGGUGAGGCUGGCCACAGGGGCUCGGCGGGGGCUCUGGGCCCGCAAGGCCCUCCUGGAGCCCCUGGCGUCCGAGGCUUCCAGGGCCGGAAGGGCGACACAGGAGACCCCGGCCUGCCGGGCCCCCAGGGCCUCCGAGGUGUCACGGGUGACCGGGGCCCCGGAGGAGCCGCAGGCCCGAAGGGAGACCAGGGCAUUGCAGGUUCUGACGGCCUUCCUGGGGACAAAGGAGAGCUGGGUCCCGGUGGUCCCGUCGGUCCCAAAGGAGAGUCCGGCAGUCGAGGGGAGCUGGGCCCGAAGGGCAUCCCGGGUCCCAAUGGCACCAGCGGCGUGGAUGGCGUCCCAGGCCCGCCCGGCCCCGUGGGUUUCCAGGGCGUCCAAGGCGUGCCUGGCAUCACUGGGAAGCCCGGAGUCCCGGGGCGAGAGGCCAGCGAGCAGCACAUCCGGGAGCUGUGUGGGGCGAUGCUCAGCGAACAAAUUGCACAGUUAGCAGCUCACCUGAGGAAGCCUUUAGCGCCGGGAUCCGCGGGCCGGCCUGGUCCAGCCGGACCCCCAGGUCCCCCGGGGCCCCCCGGCUCCAUCGGCCACCCCGGUGCGCGAGGGCCCCCUGGAUAUCGUGGUCCCACCGGAGAGCUGGGAGACCCUGGGCCCAGAGGGACCCAGGGAGACCGAGGAGACAAAGGCUCGGCGGGCGCGGGUCUGGACGGGCCUGACGGAGACCAGGGGCUCCAAGGACCGCAGGGCGUGCCCGGCGUGAGCAAGGACGGCCGAGACGGGGCCCAAGGCGAGCCCGGGCCUCCGGGAGAUCCCGGCCUCCCUGGUGCUGUUGGUGCUCAGGGGACCCCCGGCAUCUGUGACACCUCUGCCUGCCAAGGAGCCGUGAUGGCAGGGGGCGGGGAAAAAUCCGGUUCUAGAAGCUCCUAAAACGCAACUGAAGGAAGUGAGGGAGAA